AUGUGGAAUAGCACAAACAUUCAUGGGUUUAUUCUUUUAGGCUUAACUGAUGAUCCCUUACUCAAGAACCUCCUUUUUGUUCUCUUCUUCUUAUCCUAUGUGGUGACACUUUUUGCAAAUACUGGUAUCAUACUGAUCAUCCAAACCAGUCCUCACCUCCAUAUACCCAUGUACUUCUUUCUAAAGAACCUGUCCUUCUUGGACCUGUGUUACUCAAGUAUCAUAACACCAAGGACUUUGGCAGGCUUUCUUUCUGUUACAAAUAUAAUUACAUACAUUGAAUGCGCACUGCAAAUGUAUUUAUUUGGGGCCUCAGUUACCACUGAGUGUUUUUUGCUUGGAAUCAUGGCCUAUGACCGAUAUGUGGCAAUCUGCAACCCAUUGCUGUAUUUAAUGCUUAUGAAUAAUAGGGUUUGCAUGCAGCUGGUGGGUGCAGCUUACAUUGGAGGUUAUGUAAAUGCCGCAAUUCAUACAACAUGCACAUUCCAAUUGCCAUUCUGUAAAAGCAACAAAAUCGACCACUUCUAUUGUGAUGUGCCCCCGCUUCUAAAGCUCUCUUGCACUGAUACUAUGAUGAAUGAACUUGUAAUGUUCAUCUUUGGGGGAUUUGCUGAAAUGAGUUCACUUAUAACCAUUACAGUAUCUUACAGCUAUAUUAUCUCCACUAUACUGAGGAUUCAAUCCCAACAAGGCAGAAAAAAGGCAUUUUCCACAUGUGCAUCUCACCUUCUGGUUGUCACUAUAUUCUACGGCACCAUUGUAUUCAUGUACUUGCGUCCCACCUCCAGUUAUGCUAUGAAGCAAGACCGCAUUGCCUCUGUCUUCUACACCGUCAUUAUUCCUAUGUUGAACCCACUAAUAUACAGCUUUAGAAACAAAGAAGUAGGAAGGGCCCUGGUGAAAAUUUGUGUAAAAUGUUAAUGAAGUAGUAAAAUAAUAUACCAAUAUCACGCUGGGAUAAUUAUUUAAGUAGUAUAUGAACUGUGUAGAUCAACCCUCAACUGUAACUGCACUUGUCCUUUCUUUAAUUAUGUCCAGUAAAGUUAUGUAGAUUUUUUUAUAUUAAAUACUUUUUCUUGUGUCCCUGC